UGCCGCGCCUCCUCUCUCCCCCUCGCGCCUCACCCACCCCACCACCACGGCAGUCACUUCUUGCCUCCCCCCUCUCCUUGCCUCCUGAAAGCGAGUGAGCUUCUCCACCCAAACCCUAGCACCCACCCCGAUCGAACCUACCCACCAAAAUUCCCCACAAAAUCUCCCUAGAUCCUAACCCAACCCUACCAGAUAGAUCAACACCAACCCAUCCAGAGAUGAGCCUGUCGCCGCUGGACGACUCCUCGCCGUCGGCGGCGGAGGUCCCGCUCGCCCCGGGCUUCCGUUUCCACCCCACCGACGAGGAGCUCGUCUCCUACUACCUCCGCCGCCGCGUCCUCGGCCGCCGCCUCCGCGUCGACGCCAUCGCCGAGGUCGACCUCUACCGCCUCGAGCCGUGGGACCUCCCCUCCCUCUCCCGCAUCCGCAGCCGCGACGCCCAGUGGUACUUCUUCGCCCACCUCGACCGCAAGAUCACCGGUGCGGGUGCGGGGGGACGCGGGGGGCCCGGGAACAGGACUAACCGCGCCACGCCGCGAGGGUACUGGAAGACCACGGGCAAGGACCGCGAGGUGUACCACCGCGGGGAGGCCGUCGGUAUGAAGAAGACGCUCGUCUUCCACGCGGGGAGGGCGCCCAAGGGAGAGAGGACCAACUGGGUCAUGCACGAGUACCGACUCCUCGACGCCGAGGGGCCCCAGGAUCUCCAUGUGGUGUGUAGAAUCUUCCAGAAAGUUGGGUCUGGACCACAGAAUGGAGCACAGUAUGGUGCACCAUACAUGGAAGCGGAAUGGGAAGAAGAAGAUGAUGCUGUUAAGAAUGGACCUGCCAGUGGCGCAUCUGCAGAAAUGGCUGCAAUCAUGGAUACUGUAGAUGAGGAGUUGAAUGAGGAUGAGAAUGGAUAUUGUAAAACCAAAGAGCUUGGUCAAGCCCAUGAAGUGCUCAACCCACCAGAGAUGGCUCCUCUCCAAGCUCAAGGUUUGAAAGAGACCAGCGACGGAAGCUAUGCUGAUGGUAUUAUUUUUCUGGAAGAGAUUUUGCAGGAGCCUUCGUCAAAUGUUAGUGUGGAGAAUAUAGGCAGACCUGAAGGGCAGAUUGCCACAGAUGAUAACUUAAGUUUUGCUGAUUUAUCCGGAUGCCCCAGGAAAGAGGACACUAUGAAUUGGAGCGACCCGGCAAAUGGUGAUAACACGUGCUGGCCUUUGAGAGCAUAUAGUCAUCAGAACCAUGUCAAUGGGACUCUUAAAGCUGAGGAACUCUUUGACUCCAACGGGAAUGCAUAUUCAGGGCAGCAACAAAUUUGCCAUUUGGAUUACCAGAACUUGAAUUCGCAAGCUGAUGGCUUUCCAGCACCUUGCCAAGCGGAUGACAAUAUGGUGUUUUACGAUGCUUCAUCUGAUCACAAUUGGGUGGAUGGAAAUGAUGACUUUGUAUAUUUGAACGACCUCCUCAACGAGCCACUUGGAAAUCAAUUACUCUCUGAUGGAGAUGAUUUGAUGGCUUACUUUGAUGCCACGGAGAAUGAUAUCAAGUACGAUAUUUUGGGUUCUGUUGAGGGUUCUAAUUACCAACUUACAGAUAUGCCAAACUUUGCCCAAAAGGGUAAUAACAAGGGCAAGUUUACAUUCGAUGGGAUCCCCAAGGCUUCUGAUGCAAAUGCUAAAUAUGGAGCAUCUUCGUCCGGUUCCCAUGAGGAUCUGUAUCCAGAUACUGCAGUAUCAGAUGCACCACUGGAUGACGCUGCUGACAAAACCUUCGGAAAGCGCCUUGUCAGCAUGUUGGGUUCAAUCCCAGCUCCACCCGCAAUGGCUUCAGAAUUUCCUCCAGCCACAGGAAAAUCUGUUGGCCCGCUUUCUGGUGUCAACCCAAGCUCGAUUCGCGUUACUGCUGGCAUCAUCCAACUUGGUGGCCUCACUUUUACUGGCAGACCUGAGCACUGGCCCUUGCAGAAGAAUGGAGACUUCGGUUUGCUUCUGUCUUUCACCGUGGAGAGCGACGUGUCAUCCAAGCCCGUUGGUUUUGAGCAGGCUACACUGAUAAGCACCGUCCCGGCGGUGCUGCGCAGCGGCUUGUAUCUUUUCUUUGUCUCCGCCAUGAUUCUCAUGUUGAGCUACAAAAUAGGGCCGUGUAUCUACAGCAGGUAAGUUAAUGUGCCUCCGGCUGAGGCCUGUCUAUUUGAUUUUAGGAAAUCAUGCGUGGAUCCCCCGGACGAGGGAACGACGAUUCAGUGUUUUUUACACAUUUAGUUUGCAUACCAUUCUGACCUGUUCAAACAUAUAGCAAUAAACUCUUUAGAAGCUGGCAGUGGACGUAUUUGGUGCUGAGUGAGGCCUUGUGCUUCAUUUGGGACAUGUACCGUAUAUAUCUUGUAUUACACUGGUAAGUUGGGCCCCUUAUUAUUGUAAGCUGAUUCAACGGCGGUA